AUGGGACAGAGGUGUUCCAAGAAAGAUUUGGACGAUUUCGAAGAAGACGACGACGAAGAAAACGCCAUGUUCUCGGAAGAAGACGAUGAGUUUGACAGCCAGCAUCCUCCUCGCAGUGAUGGAGCCGAAAGCGACACGGCUGGUGGUCGUCGCACAACAACAACUACUGAUACUUCUGACUUUUCCAACCAGUUUCGACGCAAAGACAACCGUGCUCGGACCUUAUCGGCCGAUGCCAAGAAGCGACGAGCUUCCAACUACAAUGACGUUCACAUCCAAGUAAGCGAACAGCUCAAGCAAUUUGAAGAUAACAAUGCACAAGUGGCCUUGAACCGCGACUACCGACCCAUGGGGGUGGUUGGAUUGCAGAACCUGGGGAACACUUGCUUCUUGAAUAGCAGCAUUCAGUGUCUGAGCGCUACCAUUCCCCUGACAGAUUACUUCUUAGGAUAUGACUACAAAUCAGAAAUCAACACGAAGAACUUCUUGGGGACUGGAGGGAAGCUAGCUACGGCCUACGCACAAUUACUCAAAGAAAUGUGGCUAAGCAACAAAACCGUCGUCAGACCUGUUCAAUUCAAAAAACAACUCAGUAAAUUCGCUCCCCAAUUCAGUGGAACCUACCAGCACGAUGCACAGGAAUUAUUGUCAUUUUUGCUAGAUGGCAUCCACGAGGAUCUCAACAGAGUCAAAGACAAACCUUACGUCGAAGAUCGAGAUUGCGACGGAAAAAAUGACGAAGCCGAUGCCAUUGAGGCAUGGAAGAACUACCUACGACGCAACAAGAGUCUCAUUGUCGAUCUCUUCCAAGGACAGCUACGCAAUACAUGUCGAUGUAAUGUCUGCGGACAUACGAACAUUCGAUUUGAACCAUUCAUGUACUUAUCACUACCAAUAUCAGAUUCUUGUCGCAACCUGCAGGAUUGUCUCGAUUUGUACAUUAGUACGGAUGAACUGCGCGGGGAGAAUCGGUGGUACUGUGAAAAAUGCAAAAAGCACCGCGAUGGAACCAAAAAGAUUGAUCUAUGGAUCGUUCCACCCAUUCUGAUUGUCCACUUGAAACGAUUCAAAUACAAUGAGUACGGUCAAGUGGGAUCCAAAAACAACGCCCACAUAAAAUUCCCCAUGGAAGGUUGGGACCUGUCGGAUGCCGUUAAAUCAAAAGGCAGUGUCAAACCUGUCUACGACUUGUACGCAGUGUCCAAUCACAUUGGGGGCCUGCGGUCCGGCCACUACACUGCCUAUUCCAUGACGCGGUUCGAUGAACAAUGGGUCGAGUUCAACGACAGCAAUCCACGACCAAUUACCCCCGACGUUGUCACCCGAAACGCAUCGGCCGCUUACGUGCUCUUUUACAAUCGAUCCGACAAGGAGGAAUCCGUCCAUGAUAAUGAAAGCGAUGCGCCGACGAGUGCCCGAUAUCCCAUGGUGCGACGACAAAGUGUCACCCGACCGGAUCUGUGGCCUCAUACCCAGGUCGAAGACAGCAAAUUCCGAGAUUACCGAAGACGGUCGAAUGCCAUGAAUGGUUCCAUGCGUAGUCUGGGCGAGUCGUUUCACUCACCCCCAACGUCUCCCAUGCCAUCAUCCGGUCGACGAUCCGCCAACAUUAUUGCCAAUACUGUUGUGGCGCCCAUGAUUUCGCCAAAGACCAGUUCCAGAUCCACGACACCGGAUCCAGAGUCGUCUUCCAGUGUGCGGAAGCGGACGACGCGAACUGCAAAGAAGAGUUCUAACCGCCGUCGGGGAGACCGGUAG